AUGGAUCCCCUUCCAAGGCGACGUAAAGAGGGCGGAGGCGAGAUCGUGGAAGUCUAUGGAUUUGCAGGCUGGAUUGCCAGUCUUGUGGCGUAUGCGCUUUACCUGGUGUGGGCGUAUGUGCCGGAGAGCACUCUCCAAGCCCUUGGCAUCACCUACUAUCCCAGCAAGUACUGGGCGAUCGCCAUCCCGAGCGCCAUCUUCGUCACGUGGUCGGUGGCCGUUCUGGUCUACAUAGCUGUCAACUUCAUGAGCACUGCCCCGCUCGAUUCUUUCGACACGAUCACAGGUGCAUGCAGCUCUUGCUUAUGGUGGGGGUACUACUUUGCAACCAUACUUGCGUGCGUGCUACCGUAG